AUGUUGUUGGGAUACCUGACCUACCUCAAUCCGAUACCCUUCCUGGUUGCUACCACUAAAUCACUCUUCACAAGACAACGUAAUCGACGGAUGCUUACUUACAAGAACUAUCAACCCGUCACAUAUAAACCAUCCAUGAUUGAAAGAUUUAAAAACACAGUCAAAAGUGUUUCAUUAUUCACCGCCAUUUUCCUCACACCCAUCCUCACCUAUUUCACAGAGCGGUCCCUCAAGAGUGAACUAAUGAUUUGGCUAAACACAAAACUUCCCCCUACUGUCGUCGUCGAUGACUUCAAGGACAGUUGGUCGAACGGAGUUUGCCUGUGUUCCCUGAUCGAAGCAGUCGUGCCUUCUACAUGUCCUCGCUAUGAUCUUCUCAAGCCAGCGAAUCGCGUCAACAACUGUCGACUUGGAAUGACUCUCGUGCGAAAAAAUCUAGGGAUCGAAGAGCCAAUGGAGCCCGAGGAUAUGUCGAUGCCAUCUCGAACAAGCGAAACAAAGCUUCUUCGUUACAUCCAGUCCAUACGUUAUGCCAGUACGAUACCAGUAGAAACCCCUUCCCACAAGACAGGUCCCUGGAGCAAUGAAGGGGCGUGGCCCAAGAAAGCCACUUUUGGUGAGGUGGUAGUGGACGAGGAGAGAAAACAACUUAUGGAAGCCGAUAAGGUUGAUUGCACGGCAAGUGGCAGUGGCCUUGUGAUGGCGAAAAUCGGCAAACGGGCCAAGUUUAACGUCUACACACCCAAAUUUAUUACCAAGAGUCUUUACAUCCAUAUUAAAGGUCCUUUGGGAGAAAGUGUUCGACGGAAGAUCAUUAACCAUCUCCCUGGAGGCCGCCCCCAUCGUGAUGACCCUGAUUCUUCCAACAUGAGUGCAGCCUCAGUAGAUGAAGGUAACACGUCAUCAAGUACGUCGUCGGCUUCAGGGGGUGUCAUUCCUUGUGAUUACCAGUGUGUUCGCGAAGGCCACUACGAAGUCAGUUACAUCCCCCAAUCUGAAGGAGCUUAUGAGAUAACAGUGACCUGGGGUGGAGAGCACAUCCGUAAUAGUCCUUUCAUCGCGCAUUCAUCAAUAGCCGUGAAACGUUCUCUCCCAGAUACCGACCCUUCGGACCCUUCUCGCGUUGUCUGCUUCAUGCAUGAGAAUAAAAGUCUGAGUGACGCAGGUGUAGAAGACAUUAACGAACCACCAUCCGUGGAAUCAACGAACAACGACACUCCUCUCGGCACAGCAGACUCGAUCGAACAAGAAUACGCACACAAAUACAAUGCGCGAACCAGGAGGCGACAGUCUUUCUGUCGUCAAUCUCACGUCAAUACUCUUCGAGAGUCCUACGAAAGCGGAGGCAGCACGUCACCUUACGACAGUCGUUGUAGCAGUAUGAUGACGAGCAGCACAGAGCGCAGUAUGGAUAGUGAUGUCUUCUACCCGUAUGGCUCAGCUAGAACAUCUUCCUUCAUGAAUGCUUCUCGUCGAGGUCUCAUCAGUUCCUCGUCAUCUAGAAGUUCUAUGAUGAGUCAUCGAAGCAGUUCCAUUUUGAGCAGCGGUGGAGACAGACCAGGAACAGUCAGAACCAGACGAAAGGUGAUUAAACGCACUAUUCGAGGGGCAGGUGGUAAAGAAGAAAUACAGUAUCCAAGUAGUGCCGACAUGUCGUCCAUGUCCAACACCUCCUCCUUCAUGGGGAUGUCUAUGUCUGGAUUCUCACCAUCAUACACCGCUAAUGAUCAGUCAAGCGCAAGUGGUUCUCUUUCCAUUAGCGAUGAGCGUGUGACUACAGGAAUGAGUAGCUCCACCUCAACGGCUCCAUCUCCAACUGUUCUCGCUCCUGUUCCAAACUUAGCAAUAGCUGACAGGGAGAUUCACACCUUUGCCGAUCGCGUUUCCAAACGGGUGAUGGGGACAGCUAUGUACGAUCUUUCAAAGAAGGCUGUCCUUAAGUCCGGCACCUACUCAGGUCCAGCUUCUUCAGGAACAAUGAAGGGUAACGACAUUAAAACCCCAGGAGAGAAGCCCCUUGACUCUGGUCGUCAACUGUCUUUUGGUUUUGAGCAGAAGAAUGUUGAUCAGUCACUUUCAAAGGGAAAUGCUACUCAUAUCACAAAAACUGUAAAAACACAAAUGGAUGGUUCAUGUCAUAAUCAAGUUACAAGCGAGGAAAGGGCCGCUCGUAGUAAAAAACCGCAAAGUCCUAAGUUCCUCGACAUUUCCAAUGGUAUUGAGGACGUUGGCAACAAGCCAGUAGAAUCCCAAAAUACAAUAGAAUUUGAGCCACAGUUAGGAGUCGACUCUUCAAGAAAUGCUAAGGAAAGCAGCUCAAACAGUUCUUCAACAACGACAUCAGCAGAAAGAGAACAUAUAGACGAGGAAUCCGGAUAUUCCACUCUGGAAGAUAGUCUGAGGUCAUCUGAUCGAGCUCUCCAUUUGCUUCGACAAGUCAACAAUAAAGACGCACAUACGAAGUCCAUACCAAAAUAA